GCAGAGCGCCAGGGGGCGCCACUGGGCGACCUCUGCCCCCGCUUCCUGGCAAGGCCCGGGCGACGUCCUCGGCAUGGCUGCGGGGCGGCUGCUGGCGAGGCGAGCCCUGCGGGGGCUGGCCGGACUGCGAGGCGAGGGGGCGGCUGCCAGGUACGUCCACACUGAAAAUCAAGACACGGCACGUUUGGAAACCUCCUCUGCAAAAACUUUGACAGACAUCGGAACUCGGAGGAUUUUCUCUUCGGACCACGACAUCUUCCGGGAAAGCGUCAGAAAAUUCUUCCAGGAGGCGGUGGUUCCAUUUCAUGCAGAAUGGGAGAAGGCUGGGCAGGUCAGCAGAGAACUCUGGGAAAAAGCUGGCCAGCAGGGGCUCCUAGGAAUCAACAUUUCGGAAGAACGUGGUGGCAUAGGCGGCGAUCUCUUCUCUGCAGCCGUCGUCUGGGAAGAACAAAUGUACGUAAACUGCACGGGCCCCGUCAGCCUGCACUCCGACAUUGUCAUGCCUUACAUUGCGAACUACGGUUCCCAAGAGCAGAUUGAAAGAUUCAUUCCGGCGAUGGCAGCAGGGAAAUGCAUCGGAGCAAUAGCCAUGACCGAGCCAGGGGCCGGAAGCCUCUUCCAAAGCACACAUGCACCGCAUGAAUCAGAGAAGCUGCCCAGUUUCUCCGUCAAAUACGUGACAAUAAAACGAUCUUUCCUAUUUGCUGCGUUGGUUCCUAGCCACUCAGUGAUGCGGCUGGCACUCACCGCGGGCCCAGGGACCUUUACAGCCCUCGGUUCCCGGCCUGGUGGAACACUCUUCCGGCUCCAGCUGUCGAGCACCUUGCCCGGAGUUCCGGUGAAUUCCACAGAGGCCUAUCCUUUAAUAAAAAGUUGGGUACAGAAAAUGGCAACAGAACUUAAAAAAAGAAAAGAAAUUCUCGGGAGGGAAGAGAAGCACCAGAAUAUCGGGAAACACCAGUUCUGCAUUGCCUGUAUGUUUCGCCUGGAGACGAGAUGUCUGAGAGGCGCUGUGACAUUCCUCUCUGAAGAGGUAUUCAUCACCAACGGUUGGAUGAGCGAUUUGGUGAUUGUCGUGGCUGUGACCAACCGCGAGGCCCGGUCCCCCGCUCACGGCAUCAGCCUUUUCCUCGUGGAAAAUGGAAUGAAGGGCUUCGUCAAAGGACGCAAACUGGAGAAAAUCGGCCUGAAGGCACAGGACACAGCAGAACUCUUCUUCGAAGACGUCCGUCUCCCUGCCAGUGCGUUGCUCGGGGAAGCGAACAAAGGAUUCUAUUACCUCAUGGCCGAGCUACCUCAGGAAAGGCUAUUGAUAGCUGAUAUGGCAAUCGCCAGCUGCGAAUUCAUGUUCGAGGAGACGAGAAGCUACGUUAAACAAAGGAAAGCUUUUGGAAAAACGAUUGCACAUUUGCAGACAGUACAGCACAAGCUUGCGGAACUGAAAACAGAGAUUUGUGUAGGCCGGUCAUUUUUGGAUAGCUGUCUCCAACUUCACUCAGUGAAACGCUUGGACUCUGCCACGGCUUCGAUGGCCAAGUACUGGGCUUCUGAUCUCCAAAACAGUGUGGCUACCCAGUGCGUCCAGCUCCACGGCGGAUGGGGCUAUAUGUGGGAAUAUCCAAUUGCCAAAUCUUUUGUAGAUUCUCGUGUUCAGCCAAUCUAUGGGGGUACCAAUGAAAUAAUGAAAGAGCUAAUUGCCAGAGACAUUGUAAGUGAUAAAUAAGUCUGGGAUUGGCCUGGCUCCGGAAUCCAAUUACUGUUGACAUGGAACUCAAUUGUACAUGGAAAUGAAUAUGGAGGAAGACACUUUGUCUAGCUGAAGAACAGGAAACACAAUUAUUAAAAAUACUUUUAACCCCCCCUCCCUUA